GGUGGUGGUUGAGGUCUCUCCUUUCUCUCGUAUGGGUGUACAUAUACGUAUACGAAUCACUCGUAAGCAGUGAGUGGUGACGUUGCCUGGCUCGCAUGUCGCAUAGCAGCAGCCUCUCCUGCAGAGUCCCAACCCAACAAUGAGUAGUAGUUCACACCUUGUGCCGCCCCCACUCGCCUCCUCCUCCUCCAAGAAAUCCACAGCCCAGUAGGCACUAAGGGCACCAGAAGAAGAAAAGGGUUACGGACACAGAGAGAGAUCUCGGAUCAUCAACGUCAUUACUUGCUUUCUACAUACGUACAUACAUAUUCAUCACCAGUGUUACAUACAUAAAUCCUUCAAGAAAUAUAAGACAGCCUGAAAGACUCUUCUCCUCCCUAUUUGGGGAGAAAGUAGUCGUGUCAUGGCGCCACACCCUCUCUUGGGGGGAGCCUUUUCCCUCCCUUUGGGUGAAAGUAGCAGUAUCCUGGACCAGUUGGAGGAUGACGACGGCGAUACAAAUAGUUUAGGGUUAUCGGGAGGUGGUGGUGAUGGUCCCUUAUUUUCGUCUCCCUUAGCCUCUUCCUCCCCGCAGAAUAAUCCGCUAACCUGGCUGACCCCGCAUCGAUUCACGCGCCUCGUGAAGCGCGCCGUCGCGGCGGCGGGGGAGGAGAAAGUUGUGUCUUCUACUGCACCCACUGCCACGGAACCUCCCUCGUCAGAACCUGCUGGACCUGGAACUGUUCAAAAGGUGUUUAACGCCGUGGAAGACAUCGGUUCCAAAAUGGUGGACAAGGCCGCGGAGAAGACGCACAUUCCGAUUUGGGGCGUCGUUCUCAUCCUGAUCGGGAUCUUGCUGCUUAUCUGCCUCGGAUGUUUGCUCUGUAUGCGCCGCCAGUGGAAAAAGUUCCGCUCGUCGGAAAAGGGAAAAGGCGUCGUGAAAGGGUUAGCAGGGAACAAACUGUUUGGAAAGUUUGUGUCGGAUAAGAUCCAACCGGAAGGGACGGACACGGGCGGAUUGAUGGCAAACAUUGAAGACACCGCGAUCGAGGAGGAGGAAGAAGUGGAGAAAAAACCGGCCGAGAAAAUUGGCAGACUCAAUUAUAAACUGGAGUAUGAUUUCAACUCGACGAAUUUGACCGUGAGCAUUAUCCAAGCGGCCGAGUUGGUCGCUAUGGACUCUGGGGGCACUUCGGAUCCUUACGUAAAAGUGUUUUUUGCUGGAGAAAAGAAGAAGAAAUUCGAAACAAAAGUUCAUCGCAAAACUCUGAACCCAGUUUUCAAUGAGACCUUUGUUUUUAAAAGCAUUCCAUUUGCGGAUAUUAUGGCAAAAACGUUGAUGAUUCAAUGCUUCGAUUUUGACAGAUUUUCCAAGCACGAUCAAAUCGGUGAGAUUCGUCUGCCAAUGUGUCAAAUUGAUUUGGCCGUUUGUUGGGAGGGAUGGAAAGAUCUGGACCCACCACUUGAUGAAGACUCGGAAGCACUUGGAGACGUCUGCUUUUCCCUGCGAUACGUCCCAACGUCUGGAAAACUUACUGUGUGCAUUUUAGAAUGCAAAAACCUCAAAAAGAUGGACUUCGGUGGACUAUCUGACCCCUUCGUCAAAAUCAAUUUGUAUUUGAAUGGCAAGAAGUUUAAGAAGAAGAAGACGUCCGUCAAGAAGUGUACGCUGAAUCCCUACUUUAAUGAAUCCUUCACCUUUGAACUCACACCGGAACAACUCCCCAAGGCCCACCUUGUCCUCACCUGUUUGGAUUAUGAUCGCAUCGGGACUUGUGACCCUAUUGGAAAGGUGGCCGUGGGACCCAAUCAGGAAGGCAAAGGGCUCCAACAUUGGAUGGAUAUGGUCAACACGCCUCGACGCCCCAUCGCCCAGUGGCACUCACUCAAAGAUCCAGAGGAAUUCCAAGCCUCUUAAGUCUCUUAAAAAUUUUAAAAAUCAAGAUUUCCUUAAUUUUCAACCCUUAUUAGAUACACACUUUCACUUUUUAUUCGUUUUUCAUAAUUUCAUAAUUUUUUUUCGACAGACAACGAAAUCAAAUCAUCUCUUUCUCUCUCUCGAAACCUUUCUCUCUCCAUUUUUUCAUAAAUUUAAUUUUCUCUACACUUUUCCUCCCCUUAAUUUUUUUCCACAUCUUUGCGUUCCCUGUAAAUAAAAAAGACUUGAGGAGAAAAUAAGUAAUUACUAAUCAGCUAAAUAACGUUACAUACGACGAGGUAAACAUAUUUUUAAAGUCAACUUAAAAAAAACUCUCUACUUUAAGAGAAAACUACAAGAGAUUUAUUAAAUUAUUGGGUAGAUUUGUAGUAAAAAGUUACAUUUAUUACUUGAAAAAAAUCUUUGAAAAGUUAGGUUAUUCAGGUUAUAACAAAAUUAUGUAUCAAAGUUUUUCGAACGCUCUGCAUAAUUCUUCUUGUUAGAUUUGAGAAGACUUUGAUUACUUACGUACAUAAAUAUGUAAAUGUUUUCCAAAUGAUCAACUUUAAAAAAGAGUGGGUUAAUUAAUUACUUAAUUUUUGCCAUUAAUGUAUCUACAUAUUUUCAAUUAAUAACUUUGACCAUUAAUUACGAUUUUCGUUAAUCAUACCGUAUGAUUCAUACGAUUAGUAAAAGUAGAAAAAAAAGUAUUUAGCUCAAAAAUUAAUAACUGAUCAAAACAAGAACAACAAUUAACCUACGAGUAUAAAAAAGUAUGUGGAAUGACGAAGGUUCAGAAAUUAUGAUAAAAAGUGUGACGAAUGAUUUCGGUGCGAAUUUUGGAUGCUACUAGAAUUUUAGGAAUGAACGUGUUUUAAAGCAAUUUUAAACUAAUUAUUAAUUAAUUAAUUAUCAUCAAAUUGUGCAUUUUACUUAACUAAGCGAUAUUAAUUAAAUAGCCCACCAGAAACUUGAAUAAUUUUCAGAAAAAAAUCUUUCCAGGGCUCAAUCAGUUUUAAAUAAUUAAAUACGUAGAAUGAGAUGAGGAACAAUAUUGUCGUGUUUUAAUUUAUGUACGAAAAAGGGAACGUAGUAGCAGAAAGUAAAUGAUAAUUAAAAAACUAAAAGUUAAUGCGAAGCUUAAUUUUGUAUAACGUAGACUUAGAAAUUAAAUACAAUUACGGAAAAAAUUGGAAACUUUGGACGAAGACAAUUACAAAAUGCCAUUUCUUCACUUCCGUAUUAUAUAUUGUCCUUAUUAUGAUUAUGGCUAAUUAAAUGACUACAAUUAAUCAUUAAAAUCUAUAUCUAGACACUAGAGCUAAAGAAAAAGCUAACAACAACCACUACAAAUUUGUCAACAUAACAUAAUAACAAUAUUAGAUGUAUAAACUAACAAACUGAUUAUCCCAGAAAAAAGUAGUACCUUUAAAAAACGUAGAAAAUUUAUGCUUAUCGAAACAGAAAAAAGAAAAAGAAAUUACGACAUCAAAUUCAAUAAUUUACAAAAAAUAUGAAACGAAUACGACGAAUAUUAUCCCGUCAAUUAAACAAAUGCGAAUAAUCAAAAUAUUUAAAAAACGCAUUAAAAAAUUAAUCAUCGCGAGAACAACAGUUUAUUAAUUAUUCUUCUAUUUUAUGUUUCAUAAUACGUGACGUGACAAUGGCAAUAUUUCCAAUUUAUUCCAAAGUAAAAGAAAAAAUUACUCAACGAAUAUCACCGAAUAAAAUUUAAUGGAAAGCCGAUUCCGAAAUUAUUUAACAAAACAGAGGAAAAAAAUAUGUAAAAUUUAAUAGAUUUUAAUUAACUGGAUAAUAAUUAAGGUAAUGAAUAAUUAAUUAAUUAAUUGAUAAUUAACAAAAAAGAAGUUUUAUGUUUUAAAACGAGGAAAAAAACAGUGGCUUUGGGUUUCAUUAUCCACACUAACAAAUCGAGACACAAAAUUCUGCAGAAUUUGACAAUAUUAUUUUUUAACAGGGCAGAUUUACGUUUUAAGAUGAGGAAUAUUGUGUAAAGAAGGAAAAAAAUUGGUUUAAUUUCUUAAAAAAUAAUUUGUCUCUCCUGCUGAUUGAUUCUGGAUUAAUUAAUUAAUUAAUUGCCAUUACUUAUCCGAUAAUCCAAUCCGACCUGAUUUGCCAUGAUAUCACAAAAAAGAACGUAAUGCUGUAAUAAUAACGAAUAAUCAAUCAAUCCCUAUUUACUACUUGGUAGCUAUUUAAUAUAGUCGUAGAAGAAAAAGAAUAGUAGUUAGUUAACUAAAUAAAUUGCUAUUAAUUAAUUAAUUAUUUGAAUUUUAAUCGACCCGGUGCACGUAUAAAAAAGAAAACCUACUUAAUUAUUAAAUCCAUCUCGUUAAUAACUUGACAUCAUUAUUAAUUAUUAUUAAUCAUUAUUAUUCUGAGAAUAUGGAUUAAAUAUCAUCAAUUAUUGUUAAAAAUGACGACUCUAUAUCUACAUAAUAAUGAUAAAAACUGGGUAAGAAAAUAUAUAAAAUUGCGAGAAUGCGAUGCACAUAAAUACGCGACGGUGAAAACGACGAGGAAAAUGAGAACCAUUAUUGUAAUGGAAAUGUAGUGAUGACUAAACUAAAAGUAUAUAUGUAAAAUGGUACAUUAUUAUGUAUGGGAUAAGUUAUAAAUAAAAUAAUAAAAUUUAUUAGGAAAAAUUAUAAG